UACAGAUUAAGGAGUUUGAAAAAAGUGUAUGGCGACCGACGACCGGUUUGGAGUUGCUGCCUCCGAUUUACGUGGCUGCACCGUUCGAGGCUUCUUGGAUAAGAAGAGACCAAGUAAGAAACUUUUGUCAGUGAAAUACCAAAGACGAUGGUGUGUCCUGCACGACUCCACCCUGUACUACUUUUUUGACCCCAGGGACAGAAGACAAAAGGGAUCCUUCUCUUUGAUAGGUUACAAAUUUUGGCAUGGAGGAACAGAGAACUCUUUUUCACUGGUGGCAAGUGGGAAAAGAACGUAUGAUUUCAUAUGUCCAACAAGUGAAGACUUCGAGAAAUGGAAAGCUGGAAUUCUAGCAGUAACAGAAAAUGUCCCUCUCGGACACGAGGUAUUUGUAAACAAAAAGUCGAUGCAUAACAAUAUUACCUCCUCGCCUACAACAAACAAAAAGACUUUAAGAAAAAAAUCGUUAUCACGUGAAAGUUCGAGUGACAGUACAGACAUGGAGAUCCCCCCGUCACGACCCCCUCCUGUGACAAGACCCCCAAAGAGGCCACCGAUGCCCCCGGUACCAAAAGCAGGGAAAACCCCCGUUACAAAGAAGCAGUCAGAGCCUUCUAUAGAUGUAUAUGCUGCAGUAAACAAGUCACAGCUAAGCAGAUCUAAUACUGCUAUUCCAAUUACUACACCCAAAACAAAUGAAACAGAUGAUCUUGAUGAUUAUGACGUGGUAGAAAAUCACAUGCUACAAAGUGACGUCAAAAAAGAUGAUCUUGACGAUUAUGACGUGGUAGAUAAACACAUGAAACACAGUGACAUAAGCACGGACUCGGACGAUGAGAUUUAUGAUCGUGCUGGCGACCCACCAGAACCAGUGUAUUCUUUUGCUAGGCAGCACAGCACUCAAUCUGUGUCCUCGUCAGAUUCUGAGGUGGAUUAUGCUAGGGUAAAUCCACGCAGUUCAGACCUAGAUGACUACGCAAGUACCACCGAGAUCCAAAUGCUUCGGCGUACCUCGUCUGGUUAUGACAAACCAUAUGAAAUUGAAAAUCUGAAAAAGGAGUCCGAUUUUCAAAAUUCCAAUGAAUCAUCAUACCUAACUAGUGCUGAUCUACAUGGUCCAAAAAGUUCUAAUCAUUCCCCAAACAAACAAAUGGAAUCCAGCAUCGCAUCACUGUUGGGCCUAAAACUUAAGGGUGAAAAACAAACAAUAUCAUGUGACGCAGACUUUGAUACAUACGUGGAAUUCAUUGCAGAGGGUGUGAAACAAGCUCCCUCAUCUAAAAAUAGCAAGUCAAAAAAGAAGCGUCACAUUGAGGAGUCCGUCUUGAAUAGUGUCCCGGAGGACCCGUACAUGGAAUUUGUUGGGGAGGGAGGACUAGGUGAGGAGGGAGAGGAGGAGGAGGAUGAAGACGAGGCUUUCCAAUCAGAGGACUCUUCUAAAGAUAGUGACAUUGUACAGACCAAGAACACAAAGAACGAAGCCAAACAGAAGAAACCAUUGUCUCAGAUUCAUUCAUUACAAUUAGAAUUAAAUACCAAACUCGUUCAGCGAUUACAGGGGGCAAGACAAGUCACAUCACCAGACAAAGAGCCCGAUGUCUCUGGGGAGGAUGAACCUUUGUAUGAAAACUUCUUAAAGAUAAACUCUUUGGAGACACGGAGUCUCCCACGUGACAUUCUGCCUGCAUCUCCGACAUUACAAUUACAUAAACGGAAACAGUCGAGUUUUGAAUCCAACAGUGACAGUUCUAGUGAAGAUGAAUUCCCUCCAUGUGUUUCCAUGUCACACUAAAGUAGAAAAUUACACGCAACUUAUUUAAAUGAAAUUGAAGCUAAUGUAAAAGGAUGCAAUGUAACUGUACUAUUUACUUAUACAAAAUCGUCCCCAAGAAAUAAUAAUCUUACUUUCAGUUAUUGGUAUGUUGGAAAUUGUCUACAGUAAUUUUUACAGAAACUGGCAUGUUGAAGUCACAUUCAAGAGUUGCCUUUCUUAAAGCAGUGUCUAGAAUGGAGAGGGGUCAAAUAUCAAUGAAAGAAUUGCUGAAUAAAUGAAUGGAAAAUCUUUUCAGAGAGGUGUGGUAAUGAACAUGUAUUUAUAUUAUCGGGUAAUUGCCAGACGAUAAUGUUUCCUUUGAAGCAUUGUAACACAAUUAAGACCAUAGUAUGAUAAGCGAAUGGCUUACAGAUAUGUACAUUUAACUCAAUGGUGAUUUAAAUAACAUUAUACAUUCACAUACAA